AUGUCCGACUUGAUUGGGUCUAGGUCUUUUGUCCCCUCGCGUCCCCGAGGCGUCCCAAGAGUACCAACCCACCUGCUCGUCCCGACAACGUACGCCCACCAAGCCCGCCUCUUCUCCUCCACGCCGUUGCGACGGGGCUCACGCUCACCGGAAGACGAUGCCGCUGCCCCUCAGGGUCCCACCUUGACCCACGUGUCCCCAACCGGCUCGGCGCGCAUGGUCUCCAUCUCGUCCAAGACCCCGACCGCCCGCGUCGCCAAGGCAGUCUGCGCCGUGACCUUUUCCACGCCGACGGCCCUCCGCCUCGUGCGCGCGAGCCAGAUGAAGAAGGGCGACGUCCUCGGUGUGGCGCGCGUCGCGGGCAUCAUGGCCGCCAAGCGCACGCCGGACAUCAUCCCGCUGUGCCACCCGAUCCUGCUGUCGCACGUCGGCGUCGAGCUGGAGCCCGCAUCCGAGCGCGAGGACGAGACGGUGCUGAACGUCGAGGCGACGGUCAGCUGCGACGGCAAGACGGGCGUCGAGAUGGAGGCCAUGACUGCUGCUUCGGCAGCGGCGUUGACCGUGUACGACAUGUGCAAGGCGGUGGACAAGGGCAUGGUCAUUGGGGGGUUGAGGGUUGUGUUGAAGGACGGGGGGAAGAGUGGGCGGUGGGAGAUGCCGUGA